AUUUAUUUCAUGAAAAUUAGAAUCAUGUGUUGAAGUUUGAUGAUUUCAGGGUAUUGGGACUCUUUUAGAUGGCUCUUUUGGCACGACAACUGGAUCCACUGCAUCAGUCAAAAAAUGCAGGAUUGUUGGGAGUCGGAGAGUCAUUCAAAUAUCAGCCGGGUUCAUGUUUUUCUUCUCCAUAUUUGUCCAUUUCAUUCUAUAUGGAGACAAAUCAUGUAUCUUUUGAUUCACUUAAGGAUGGGCCUGUUGUGUUUGACGAGCUUCAGGAACUCCAUUCUGAGCCUUUAGUUGGACUUGGCGAUGGGGGUGCUUCUACUGAUAAGGCUAAAAGGAUGAUAUUUUGGGUGGUUCAAGUCAAGAACGUUGAAGGAGAGAUCAAAGAACGCCCUAUAAGGAUUAGGGAUGCUGACCCACUUCCAAUUGGAGGGAUAGUUUUAAUUCCUUUUGAUGGUCCCCGACCUAUUUACUAAGAUGUUGAUGGGCUCAUAGGAGGUUAUCUUGGUCGAUAGGCAAAAAAACACAAUAAGAUGUAAUUUUAAUGAAUAAGAGAGUCAAACCGGGCAAUCAGUGAGUUGUGGAAUUUUAUAAAUUGAUACUCACAAAAAGAAUUGAUGGAAAUACAUUAAUGAAGAAGCUAGAAUUGUUUGUCUAA